AUGAAAAACACACAUGUCGACCUAAUAUGUGUGUUCCUGUCGAUUAUAAUCGGCAUCGGUGAGGCGGUCGACGUCUACACCAACCAUUUCCAUGUUCAUUUAAAAGAGGGAGGUGGACUGGAGGAUGCGCAUCGGAUAGCCAAACGACACGGAUUCAUCAAUCGAGGACAAGUUGCCGGAAGUGAUAAUGAGUUUCAUUUCGUGCAGCCCGCUCUCGUUCAUGCACGCACCAGAAGAUCCACUGGUCAUCAUGCCAAGCUUCACAAUGAUGACGAGGUGCUUCAUGUCGAGCAGCUGAAAGGAUACACCCGCACAAAACGAGGAUACCGUCCAUUGGAACAACGUCUUGAGUCUCAGAUCGACUUCACAUCAGUCAUGUCGCCAUCGGAUCCACUCUACGGAUAUCAAUGGUACCUGAAAAACACUGGACAAGCUGGAGGAAAAGCCCGUUUGGACUUGAAUGUGGAAAGGGCCUGGGCAAUGGGAUUCACUGGAAAGAACAUCACAACAGCAAUCAUGGAUGACGGAGUGGAUUACAUGCAUCCGGAUAUUAAGAACAACUUUAAUGCCGAAGCAUCGUACGACUUCUCUUCCAACGAUCCAUUCCCAUAUCCAAGAUACACUGAUGACUGGUUCAAUUCCCACGGAACUCGCUGUGCCGGAGAAAUCGUUGCCGCUCGCGACAACGGAGUCUGCGGUGUCGGAGUCGCCUACGACGGAAAGGUCGCAGGAAUCCGGAUGCUUGACCAGCCGUACAUGACCGAUCUCAUUGAAGCCAACUCGAUGGGACACGAGCCAAACAAGAUCCACAUCUACUCGGCCUCCUGGGGUCCAACUGAUGAUGGAAAGACUGUUGAUGGACCACGUAACGCCACAAUGCGAGCAAUCGUGAAAGGUGUCAACGAGGGACGUAACGGACUUGGAUCCAUCUUCGUUUGGGCAAGUGGAGACGGAGGAGAGGAUGAUGACUGUAAUUGUGAUGGAUAUGCUGCAAGUAUGUGGACUAUCUCCAUCAACUCAGCCAUCAACAGCGGAGAAAACGCUCACUACGACGAAUCCUGCUCCUCGACUCUCGCUUCAACCUUCUCCAAUGGAGGACGUAACCCAGAAACCGGAGUCGCCACCACUGAUUUGUAUGGAAGAUGCACCCGCUCUCACUCUGGAACAUCCGCCGCUGCUCCUGAAGCCGCCGGAGUGUUUGCUCUUGCUCUCGAAGCAAAUCCGUCGCUCACCUGGAGAGAUCUUCAACACUUGACCGUCUUGACUUCCAGCCGUAACUCUCUUUUCGAUGGACGAUGCCGUGAACUCCCAUCCCUCGGAAUCAAGGACAACCACAGAGAUUCUCAUGGAAACUGCUCUCAUUUCGAGUGGCAAAUGAACGGAGUCGGACUCGAGUACAACCAUCUCUUCGGAUUCGGAGUUUUGGAUGCUGCUGAAAUGGUUAUGUUGGCUAUGGCAUGGAAGACCGCCCCACCACGUUAUCACUGCACUGCUGGACUUAUUGACACUCCACAUGAGAUCCCUGCCGAUGGAAACCUGAUCCUCGAAAUCGAGACCGAUGGAUGCGUUGGAACCCAAUACGAAGUCCGUUACCUGGAACACGUUCAAGCCGUUGUCUCAUUCAACUCGACUCGUCGUGGAGACACCACUCUCUACCUGAUCUCUCCAAUGGGAACCCGCACCAUGAUUCUCUCCAGAAGACCAAAGGAUGACGACUCGAAGGACGGAUUCACCAACUGGCCAUUCAUGACCACCCACACCUGGGGAGAGAACCCAACCGGAAAGUGGACCCUCGUCGCCAGAUUCCAAGGACCAGGAGAUCAUGCUGGAACCCUGAAGAAGUUCGAGUUGAUGUUGCACGGAACACGCGAGGCCCCCUACAACCUUAUCGAGCCAAUCGUUGGCCAGACCAACAAGAAGCUCGACACUGUUCAGAAAGCCCACAAACGAAGCCACUAA